GAGGGCGGAGUUCCGGCCGGCCGCGGGCAGAGCGUGGUUUUUCUUCCCACUCCAGUGUGGGUUGGACGGCUGAGAUUUCCAUGCCCGUGGAUAUUUCUACUAACAUGGAGAAGAUUGAGGAACAGUUUGCUAAUCUCCAUAUUGUUAGACGGUCCUCGGAAACAAUAGAGCCCACUUACCUGCUUGGCAUAGACACAUCAAAGACUGUACAGACAGGAAAAGGAAGCCUGGUCGCUGUUUUGUGUUCAAAUGGAUCGAUAAGAAUAUAUGACAAGGAGACACUAAAUGUGCUACGGGAAUUUAGUGGCUCCCCUGGGCUCCUUAGUGGAGUCAGGUUUGCAAAUUGCUGUGACAGUGUCUAUUCUGCAAGUAUAGACGGCACUGUGAAAUGUUGGGACGCUCGGCUAGCUAGUGAGAAACCUGUGCAGUUGUUCAAGGGUUACCCUUCCAAUGCGUUUAUCAGUUUUGACGUCAACUGCGAAGAUCAUGUCAUCUGUGCUGGUACAGAAAAAGUUGAUGAUGAUGCGUUGUUGGUAUUUUGGGACGCCAGGAUCACAUCUCAGGAUUUGUCUACUAGAGACCCACUUGGUGCCUAUUCAGAGACGCACAGUGAUGACAUCACUCAAGUCCGUUUCCAUCCCAGCAAUCCCAACAUGCUUGUCUCGGGUUCAACUGAUGGCCUGGUGAAUGUGUUUGAUAUCAGUGUUGACAACGAAGAGGAUGCGUUGGUUGCGACCUGUAACUCCGUUUCAUCAGUGAGCUGUAUUGGCUGGUGUGGAAGAGAUUAUAAACAGAUUUACUGCAUGACACACGAUGAAGGAUUUUCUUGGUGGGAUCUUAACCAUCUGGAUACUGAUGAACCAAUUACAUGUUUGAACAUCCAGGAUGUGAGAGAAAUAACUGAUGUGAAGGAUGGUCACCUGGACUAUCUGGUUGGUGGCCUGUAUCACGAAAAGAUGGACAGGUUGUUUGUUAUCGGAGGAACCAACACGGGAAAGAUUCACGUAAUGAGCUGCACCGCGGCAGGGCUGAGCCACGUGACCAGCCUUCAGGGGGGACAUGCUGCCAUCGUCCGUUCUUUUUGUUGGAACGUGUCCGAGGACUCUUUGCUGACGGGGGGAGAAGAUGCCCAGCUGCUGCUCUGGAGACCUGGCGCUAUGGAGAAGACCUUCACGAAGAAAGACAGCUUGAAAAUUGCAUCCUCCGUGCAUCAGCGAGUUCGAGUCCACAACAGCGAUUCUUACAAGAGAAGGAAACAGUAGUGACUUUAUGACGUCAUGCAGGGGAUUCGAAAGCUCUUCCGGUUCCAAAGCAUUUUUUUUGCCACCUGUAGCAAAUGUUUUAAAAGCUUAUCUGUAGAAACAGUCAGUUAGCAAACAGCCCCACACAAACAUUGAGAAUGACUUAAUUCAGGUUCAGACGAAUUCUCUAAUUUUUUCAAAGCCUCCAGUUGAGUAUAAAAAUCAGUGACUUGACAGAGAAAUUACAAGCUGCGUUUUGAAACCCAUCUGUUGAGUAAAUGUUAGGCUUGAAGAAAUAGCUCUGAAAAGGACUCUCCAGUAGCUAGCCGGGAGACAGUGAAACGGAUGGUUUCGGCUAUGGCUUUCAAACUCAGCUUCUUACAUUUGAAAUUACUUAGUUGUUUAUGCAUCAGACUGGGUAAUUUGGAGAGGUUUUGCUUCCUGGCUAUACCUUCUUCAUCACCUGAGGAUUUAAAGCUAAGCAUUCUAGCAAGUCCGAGCAGAAUUUUAUUGUUUUAGGAAUGAAGUAUAGUAUUUUCUUAAAAUGAGAAAAAUAUAUUUAGUAAAUGAUCUCAUCUAUAUUUACACCUGGCUAGCUGGUAUCCAGGCGCUUUGCUGAGGAAAAAGAAAUUACUUUCCGAGGUUCAUUUUUGAGACAAAGUAAGAUGAAGAAAUAAAUACAACAGCAGGGCUGUUUUAUUUCAAAAUAUACUUUCAACGAUAUCUGAUUACAUUUUCUUCCUUAUUGAUAAAUGAUUAGAUUUUCUUUCUUAUUUCACCCAUCAUUUUACAUUUGAAGCUUUGUUUACUGCCUUGUGUUUUGUGUGUAUAGAUCAGAGGACAGCAUGAAGGAGUCAGUUUUCUCCCACCAUGUGGGUCCCAGGGAUCACAAGAAUCCUUAGGCCUCACCACAGGUACUUUAACCUACUGAGUCACCGUGAGUCUGGGUAGCAUUAUUUACUGUUUUUUUUUUUGUUUUUUUUUUUUUUUUGUGAAGUGCCUUAAUAAAAGAAGUUAGUAAGUUAGGCAUGGUGGCACACACCUGUAAUCCCAGUACUCAGGGAGGCAGAGGUAGGCAGAUUGCUGAGUUCAAAGCCAGCCUGGUCUACAAAGUCAGGACAGGAAAGGCUACACAGAGAAACCCUGACUCAUUAAUAAAUAAAUAAAAUAGAAAAAAACUGAAAAAAAAAGAAUACUUCUAAAGUUUGGGUAUCUUGUCUUAUGCUUAAAGGUAAGAA